AUGAGCGCGGCUCUGGCGGUCGCCUGGCAACGGGUGCUCGGGGCAGCCUGGGGGGGCUGUACUGCCGCCCUGUGCCGUGGCCUACGUACCAGCCCCCAGAGGCUGCAGGACCUUGCGGAGGCGGCGGCCGCGAAGGAGGCGGAGAACCAGAGCGCUACCGACCUAAGCCCUUUAAUCCUGCAGAGGAACUCCAUGAGAUGGGAUGGAAAGAUCUAUGAAGAGAUCCCAAUAGCUCACAUCAAAGCUACAUACAACAACACCCACAUCCAAGUGGUCAGCUUUGACAACAGGCCGUUGGCCCGUACGUCCUGUGGCACAGAAGGCUUCCAGAAUGCCAAGAAGGGAACUGCCAUCGCAGCACAGACGGCAGCCAUGGCAGCAGCAGUGAAAGCACGUGGGAAGGGUGUAUUGCAUGUACGAGUCAUGGUGAAAGGACUGGGACCAGGACGCAAAGCUGCCAUCAAGGGUUUGACUAUGGGAGGUUUGGAGGUCAUCUCCAUCACCGACAACACCCCGGUUCCACACAACGGCUGCCGCCCACGGAAAGCCAGGCGAAUGUGAGAGGGGAGUGGAAGAGACACACAGCUUUCAGCAUCAGUUCAUGCAACAGGGACCGGGUUGAAUCUUGCUCCUGUGACAGAUUCUGUAAAGCCACCCUCCCUGGAAAUGCUUGUUGAGGGAAGCUUGAAGAGAGACCAUCCUGGGCCUUAAAAGCCCACGUGGUAGAAGCUGGUGGUAAAAGCAGGAAUACAUGUACUCCCUUAGUGGGAAGCCUCUUGUGUACAAAGUUUGUUGAUUAAAAUGUUGAUCUUUUGACAGCCA